AUGGCAGACUGGGGAUACACCUGUGAGAACGGCCCGGCAACAUGGAUCGAGAAAUUCCCAGAAGCCCGAGGAGCCCGGCAGAGCCCCGUAGACAUUGACACAUCGCGCAUCAGCAGCGGCGGUAGCGCGCCCCCUCUCAAUAUGAAGUACUCUGUCAACCAUCCCCGCUCUGUUGUCAAUCCUGGAUACUGUUGGCGCGUUGAUGAAAAUGGAUAUCACUCGGAACUUCGAGGCGGUCCGCUCGGCAAAGACGUGUACAAGCUGGAACAGUGGCAUUGCCAUUGGGGAGCCAAGAACGGCGAAGGUUCGGAGCACACUGUUGACGGCCGCGCUUUCUCUGGCGAACUCCACUUCGUCCACUGGAACACUUCCAAAUACAACAGCUUCUCAGAAGCAGCUGGGCAACCCGAUGGUCUGGCAGUGCUAGGCGUAUUUUUAAUGGCUGGCUCCAAGAAUGAAGAAUUGGAUAAAGUUAUUCGGUUGCUACCAUUCGUUACACAUAAGAACGACAAAGUGACACUGUCGGAUCCUCUGGACCCACUAAAGCUACUUCCACCACCGAAGGGUUACUGGACAUACCCUGGUUCACUUACCACUCCACCUUGCACUGAAUCCGUCACUUGGAUUUUAUUUAAGCAGCCGAUCCAAGUUUCUGCGGACCAGUUGGCUUCGAUGCGGAAAUUGAAGUGCGGUGAGGCGUCGUGCGGCGUGGAGGCCAUGGAACUGCUGUACAACUACAGGCCGACACUGCCGCUCGGCAACCGCGAUCUGCGCGACUUCGGUGAUAUUGAAGAGCGAACAGCUCAGCUGUUUUGA